AUAGCCUAUAGGACAAUAUAAUGAUACGGUUGGUCGGAUUUUUUUUCCAUAAAUAUUCCUACCGAUGAAAUAAUUGGUAACUUCUCUGACAUUCGUGCACUUCUCUUCAAGUCAAGUUCUCUUCUCACUUCUCUUCGAUUAGACUAUCAAUACUAGCUAGAAAUGGCUUCGUCUCAAGCUCCAGCGAGGAAGGAGGAAGCGGCUAUCCAUGCAUUGAUCAAGCAAGCCAAGGAAGCGAAUCCACAAGAUGAGAUGAUCUUUGGAGGAUGGCUAAACAACAAGAGCAGUACCCAGAAACCCAUGCACCUUCAUUCUGAGAAGAUAUGGUCUGGGAAUUUCGCUACCAAAUAUCCAGAUGUUCUUAGCGACAAAGCAAGUUUCGUAGAAACCGAGACUAAUGAGAACGGCAUCAAAACUGCAGUGGUGUAUUCCCUCAAAACUAGUGAAUUGCCAAUGAAUCACUAUGGUUUUCUCCUUGCUUGGUCUGACUCAUACGAGGAAGGGAAAAACACUCGAAAGGUUUACGGAUACUGCGGCCUUCUGGAGAAAUUCCAUAACAUAGAUUGGAACAAGGUCGAAAAGGAUUUGGACGCAUCUUCCUCAUCCGUUUUCUACGUUGACGCAUUAACUCGAACUUCAGUGAAGGCCGAAAUUGUGGCAAACAUGGUGUAUGCAGAUUUCAUGUAAAUGGAAUACUAUGGUCCACUCUGCACUAAGCAUAAAUUAAAAUUAAGCUAGAGAGUAUAGUGAUUAGUGGAUAAGAUAUGAUUAUGUACUGCUAAUAAGGAUAUCACGAGAGGCAAUAUAAAUAAACUUUGCACUCAUGUAACAUGAUAUGUACUCAUGCUGGGAUGUUAUAUAAUGUUCCUAGUUACUUACUUACUAUUUUUAAGUUAUAAUAAAUAAAAAAAGCCACUUAGGUUGUUAUGUUGAA